AAAUUAUUUACAAAAUAGGUUUAAAGGUUCUAUCUCCACAAAAAUGCAUCUUAACUGUUUGAGUGCAUUCAUUUUGUCAGACUUGACUGGAGAUAAUGCUGUACAUAGUAAUGUGCAACUGAAAUACAAAUGGAAUGAUAAUUAUGCAUAUUUCGAGAUCGUUCAAAAUAAGGGGAUUUUCAACCGUAUUGUAUUUUAUAUUGUAGACGCCUUAGCGAUAAAUGACGUUACCUAAAGCAACUGAAAUAUUUGGAAGCAAUCGACUUGUGAAGUACAAUUUUGUGAUUCUUCUUAUAUGUAUAUAUACCAAGUAAAACUUGAUCUGGUGAAAAUGCUACUGAAUAUACACACACUAUAUACAAAACUAAGCAAUUGAAUGAUGAGAAUGUAGUGAUUUAUGUGCAUAUUUGCGAAAGCGAAUCAUUAUUUGUACCAGAUCUCAAAAUUGUAAUAUUGAACUAUUGAAAGCUAUGAGCUCCUGUUUUGGUUCUAGUGGUCACUUGAUUAUAUUUUCCUAAAUGUUUCAUGGUUCUAAACAUUCCUUCGAAAUCAGUUGGUGUGAGAAAGCAUUUAGAAGUCUACGGUUUGCCACUGUCAUUAUGUAAUACGGAAACGCGUUUACUAAGGGUUCGUGUAAUUCGGGCCUUGGAUCUUAUGAAAAAGGAUAUAUUCGGAGCAAGCGAUCCAUAUUGCAAACUAUGUAUAUAUAAAACUCAGCGUGCGACUCUUCCCUUGUGUUCACCAGUACCAACGAAAACUGUUAAGAGAUCUCUCAACCCGAUUUGGAACGAGGAAUUUAUUUUCAGGGUUAAUCCGUCAGAAAAUCGUUUAGUUUUUGAGCUUUACGACGAAAAUAGAAUAACGAGGGAUGAUUUUUUGGGUGUCGUCACUGUAUUUCUACCAUAUCUGGAGAUUGGCACGGAGGGCUCUGAUUGUCGGUUGAUGGCGAAAAGCUUUUUACUGCGCCCCAGAAGUUCUCGCUCCCGUGUUCGUGGUAACCUCCACUUGUAUUUGGCUUACUUGCCAAGUCAUUUAAAUCCCCAAAUUACAAGUCUUCGUCAGCUUCCUCCCCUUGUUGAAUUGUCAUCUGAACAACAACGUAAUAGUGAAGGUCAGUUAUCAUCAACACCUGUAUCUUCUUCGCAUCGUCCUAGUCUACCAACACAAUCAUCUAGUCCUGGUAUUGCUGAAGUAUCUAACACUAUAGACGAUGGUACUGAUAACCGUGUACACUUAAGUAGAAAUACUUCAAUAGAAUCAGAUACUGUCAGUGUUACUGAAACUGUUGUUGGGCCAAUGCUUUCUACGUCACUUGAUGAAAAUUCACUUCCACCAGGUUGGGAUGAACGAGUUGAUCAAAAUGGACGGACAUAUUAUAUGGAUCAUGUUAACAAGCGUACACAAUGGGACAGACCUUCUUUUCAAUUACCACAUGGAUGGGAGCAACGAACUGAUGCAAAUGGUCGUGUUUAUUAUGUUGAUCAUCAAAAUCAUAGAACUACUUGGUAUCAUCCUUUAUCUGAGGGAUCUCGAUCGCAGACAUCACCUCAACACUCUACUGUUGCUAGUCCAGUUACAUUCAACGAUGCUAUCGAACCAUCAAGUGAGGAAGGAGAAUUGGGGAUGGUUAAUGAUGGUGAUGAAACAGAAAGUAACUUUCACGUUGAAUUUGAUCCACCGAUUUGUCCAACUGAUGAAAAUCAAGAAAAUCAGUCACCUGAUGAACAAUCUUUAUUAAAUGAAAGAAUAAAUAAUUCUGGAUCUCAAUUAUCUAAUGGCGUUGCCGUUAGCGGCGGUAGUGAUGGUAGACCCAUACGUUCUAAUCCUCGUCAUACACGACGUAGCCUAACGAUAUCAGAGAGAUUACGUGCAAAAGGUAGUAGUGGUAUUACGUCAGCGUUGGCGGGGGUGGAAACUCGUUCAAACAAUAAUGGUCAAAAUGGUAUCGAUGAUGUACGUGCUGCUCAAACAAUGUAUUUACGACGUAGGCAAGUUAGCUUUGAAGAUACUUUAUCUCAUCUUCCAGUCAAUUUGGAUACCCCUCUACCAAAUGAUUCAAAUUGUGAAUCAAUCCCACCAACUUCAUCAAAUUCUGAUACAAAUACCAUUCAAUUAACAGAUUCGUCUAGUUCAACAAUUACAAUAACAAAUACUACCUCACUACAAGAGUCUUCACCUAAUGAACAAGGUAUAGAUCAUGUAGAUAAAAAUCGUCGAAUUGGUGAAAUUGUUUUAGGCUUAGAUAUUGCUCCAGGUGAAGAACCACUUCCACAAGGUUGGGAAUUAGCUAGAACUGCAAGUGGUCGAAAAUUUUUCAUUAAUCAUAAUGAACAUACUACUACUUGGGAUGAUCCUAGAGUUAUCCGAUCAAAUAAUCAAAUAAUCAAUGGUUCUUUACUGACCCAUGAAGCACAACGACAUGUCAUGAAAGAUUUAGGCCCAUUACCGCCUGGUUGGGAAGAACGUGUACAUAGUAAUGGUCGUAUUUUCUACAUUAAUCAUAAUGCUCGAACUACUCAAUGGGAAGAUCCUCGUCUAGAACGUUUAGGCGGUCCAGCUGUUCCUUAUUCAAGAAAUUAUAAACAGAAAUAUGAUUAUUUCCGAUCAAGGUUACGAGCUCCACGUGAUCCACAAGCUAAAUUUGAAUUACGUGUUACACGAGCUGGUAUAUUCGAAGAUUCAUUCCGUCUAAUUUAUGGAAUAAAAAGACCAGAAGUUUUAAUGCAUCGAUUAUGGAUUGAAUUUAUUGGUGAAAAAGGUUUAGAUUAUGGUGGUGUACAGCGAGAAUGGUUCUUUUUAUUAUCACGUGAAAUGUUCAAUCCUUAUUAUGGUCUAUUCGAAUAUUCAGCCGCUGAUAAUUAUACUCUACAAAUUAAUCCAUUAUCUGGUAUGGCAAAUGAAGAACAUUUAAAAUAUUUUAAAUUUAUUGGUCGAGUUGUUGGUAUGGCUGUAUAUCAUGGAAAAUUAGUUGAUGGUUUUUUUAUUAGACCAUUUUAUAAAAUGAUGCUUGGUAAAACUAUUUCAUUAAAAGAUAUGGAAUCUGUGGAUUCAGAAUAUUAUCGUAGUUUAAAAUAUAUUUUAAAAGAAGAUCCUAUAUCAUUAGAUUUAACAAUGUCUGUUGAAGAAGAACAUUUUGGUGAAACUGUUGAAGUGGAUUUAAUUAAAGAUGGUAGAAAUAUACGUGUUACUAAUAAUAAUAAAACACAAUAUAUUGAACGAAUAAUUAAUUGGAGAUUUGUUUCACGUGUUGAAAAACAAAUGUGUGCCUUUUUAGAAGGUUUUAGUGAUUUAAUCCCAUUAGAAGCAUUACAAAUAUUUGAUGCCAAUGAAUUAGAAUUAUUAAUGUGUGGAUUACAAGAUAUAAGUGUAACCGAUUGGAAAGCGAAUACAUUAUAUAAAGGGGAAUAUCAUGCUAAUCAUCCAGUUAUUGUCAAUUUAUGGAAGGCUAUCUACACAUUUACAAAUGAAUUAAGAAGUCGUCUACUACAAUUUGUCACUGGUACGUCACGUGUACCUAUGAAUGGUUUUUCAGAAUUAUGGGGUUCAAGUGGACCACAGAAAUUCACUGUUGAAUGUUGGGGUUCUGUGGAUCAGUUGCCUCGUGCUCAUACUUGUUUUAAUCGUUUAGACUUGCCGGCCUAUCCAACAUUUGAAGAGUUACGUUGUAAAUUAAUUAUUGCUAUUGAAAAUGCUGAAGGAUUUGAAGGUGUCGAUUGAAUAAAAGUUCUUAACCUUUCAUAAAUAUCGACUAUUAUUUUAACAAACUUCAUUUAUUUACUGUUGUUCCUUUUUGAUUGAUUGUUGUUGUAAAUUCCACAUCAUAACACAAUACACAUACAUAUUAAACCAUGUAGCAUUUCUACUUGGAUGAUGUUAUAAUUCAUAGACUUUCGAAUACACCUACAUUACACAUAUUUAGAUAUUUCGGCGGGGGGGGGGAAUACCGCUCGGACAUCGACAUAUACACACAUAUAUAUAUGUGAGUGUGUAUGUCCCCCAAGUUAAAAUGUUCAAAUCUUUUUGAAUAUCAUUGUUUCUAUAAAACAUUAUGUAAUAUAAGUAAUUUCACAUUUUAUUUCAAUGAUGUUUAGUAGUAAUAAUUAACUGAUGGUUCUUUAUUGUAUUUAUGUAUGUGUGUACACUUACUUACGUCUGUUAUCCUUCGUCGAGGAGUUCAGACCGCUCAACAGCGUUCUCCAUCAAACUCUUCUACAUGAACUUAUGUAAAAUUAAUCUCUAAUCUCCCCCAUUGUUUUUUUUUCAUAAAAACGAUUGAUCCUUGGUGGUGGUGGUGGUGGUGGUUCAUAUUGUCAUUGUACAUUUCAAUCGUACUCUUGUUAUACUUUUUUUCCACCUAGUUAUUAUAUCACUUUUAAACUUAUAGUUCAAGUUGUACGAUUCGCUUUAAUCAUUUGUUCUCUAUAUUGUUCUCUUCAAGAGAAAUCAGGAUGAUGGGGUACAGUAUAUUAUGUAAAUUAGUAAUCAAUGUACAUUAUUGAGUUUGUUAUUUUCUCGUUGCAAAAGUCGAACAGUGAAUAUGGCACUAUAGUUGUUUUUUUUUUCUUUUUCAACAUUUAUCUCGUUUUCUGUCUUGUUUAUUACCCUGUUUUUGGUUCCCUCCUCCACCCCCACCCCCAAAAUAAUAUACCUUUUUUUUUACUUAAAAUCUUCAUUAUUUGUAUUGUUUUGACCGAAACAGACAAGAUCAUCCUUAUCCCUCUCUCUCCCCCUCUCCCAUACAUACACCUAUGUAAGGUGAAUAUCAGUAGUAUAUGAAUAUUGAGCUAAUCAAUUGUGUAUGUUCUUUUUUUAAAAAUUGAAAUCACUAAUACUUUUUUAUACAUGUGUACACUCAUGUAUAUCACGAAGAAUAUUACUAUUAUUGUUACUAUUGUAAUUACUACCGCUUAUUAAUUAACCUCCCCUUUGCUACAUUACCAACUUUAUGAACAUAAGUAAUUUGGUUUGAUUUGUUGAAUAUACCAUAUAAUCAUAAUCCAUGUUUUUUCUAUGUUGUCGUUGUUGUUUAAGUUAUACUCUAUUAGUUCUUUAUUGUUGAUUAAAAUGAACAUAGAUACAAUUAG